AGUUCUUCAGGCAUCAGAAGCAGACUUGACUUGACCUUGAAGGAUAUUGGGACCAUGGUUGUGGUGGCUGACUUCUCCCUGUCCUGCAGUUUCCCUACAAAGAUGAUUGAUUGCUUCACCAAUGGAACUAUGGCAGCUCUUGCUGUGAAAGUGGAAUCUGUCCCCAGCUUGUCUCCCAGUCAACUAACUCUAAGGGAUCCAAGUUGCCGGCCUCUUCAGUCUGAUGCUAUCAAUGCAGUUUUCUACUUCAAUGUCAACUCCUGUGGCACAACUAGAAGGUUUGACAACAACCUCCUGACUUAUGAGAAUGAAGUGCUGUUCACAUCUUACCGGUUGAGAGUUGCCUGUCACUAUCUGGUCAAUGACACCAAGGUAGUGCAGUUCUUGUACCAGAAUAAUCCUGCACCUGUAGUCCAGCCUGGCGUGGGGGAUCUUGCAGUCAUCAUGCGGCUUGCAUUGGAUUCUACCUACAACGACUUCUAUGGAGCUCGGGAUUACCCUGUUGUGAAGUACUUGCGAAGACCCUUGUAUUUUGAGGUAGAACUCCUGUACAGCAGGGAUCCACAGGCUGAAUUGUUUUUGGAGAACUGCUGGGCAACCUAUUCUGCUGACAGGAAUAGCUCUCCCAAGUGGGAUGUUGUUGUGGACAGCUGUGAGAACUCUGCAGAUGAGUACUUGACCAUCUUUCACCCAGUCUCCAGCAAUGCAAGAGUGCUGUUCCCUUCCCAUCUGAAGAGGUUUGAAGUGAAAAUGUUUUCCUUCACAAGCGGCCGGGAUGCACUGAAAGGACAGAUUUACUUCCACUGCAGUGUUGUGAUAUGUGAUUCAAACCGGCCAUCAGACAGCCUCUGUAGCAGACGGUGCAUUCCAGGGAAACAGAGGCUUGGUCGCAGUGCUGAAGGGAUGGAUGGUGGUGCAGUAAAGGCAUUUGUGUCUUCUGGCCCAAUUGAGCUGAAGAGAGAUGGAUCCCUUCACUUUAUGCCUAGAAGCGGCCAAUUCAAUGUGUGGUCCCUUCUGGGAGCUGCAAUGGGUGUGUGUUCAGUGGUUGUCUUUGUAGCUGGAGUUGUAUAUUUUUGGAAAAUGCCCAAAAGUGUGUAUUGAUAAAUAAAAAUCUUGCUUGUAGAGACUGUGUUUUGGUUUGUGUUUUAUUUUUAUUUUUUUGGUGGGUGCUUGACUAAUUCUAAAUAGAUUAUAUAUUGGUGUGUGUCAGUAUGGCCAUGUUAAUGGGAUUCUCUCCUCUUACUGCAUUGAAUGUUUUGCUUGUUUCCUGAUCAGGCCAUUCUCAAUAUGGAGUGUUACUCAAGGAUUCUUCACUAAUUCACUGUGUGAACCCGGGGGCAAAGACUUUCCUUCUCCAUUGAAC